CUGUCAAAGCAAAGUCGUGUCCACGACAAGGCACGAAGCAUAGCAAACUAGUAUUCGUAGCUCAUUCGUGUCGACGUUUUUGAAGAAAGCAGAGUUCUAAACUACAACAACAACAAACAUGGAUAAAGUAGUAAAAUUCGCUGAGCCUGGACGUGCUUUUGCCAAGGAUUCAAUUCGUCUCGUCAAACGCUGCACAAAGCCCGAUCGCAAGGAGUUCCAGAAGAUUGCCAUUGCCACAGCAAUUGGUUUCUGCAUUAUGGGCUUCAUUGGUUUCUUCGUUAAGCUGAUACACAUUCCCAUCAACAACAUUAUUGUGGGCUCGUAAAUGUAACCAUAAGCGAGGAUGCCAUGACGGUGGCGAGCAAAACAAUAAUCAUCAUUAACUAGCGUACUUUUCACGGAUAAACAACUUUUUUUUGUAUCUAUAGAUUAUGUGCAUUCAACGAAUGUAUUUACCAGAUUUUCAUGUAUGUGAAAUGUUUGCAGUGUUCAAAAUUCCAUUCAUAAAUUAUGAUUACAAACAAAAUUAGUUAUUAAGUAUACGUACCGAAAAAGAAUUGAAAUUGAACAA